GUCUUUAAAUGUCAAGACAGGUCUUGUGCUAGGUGCAAGAAUCGUCAAUCGUGGGAUCCGAAUCAUGGCGGCAGCUCCUCCUUUGCCUGCGGCUACUGCACCAGCACCAUCUUCAGCGUCCUCGAUUCAUGCUGAUCCUCCACCGCCGAUCGUCACCGAGCCGAGCGGAAUCAACUACGCGACCGGCCCAGCUUUAGGAAAAGGCGGCUUUGCCAUAUGUCACAGAGCCGAACGAUACGAUGGCAGCCGUCCUACGGGUCAAGUCGUCGCUCUCAAGAUUGUCAAAUCAAUGGUCGAGCCUACAAAGAUUGCUCAGAAGUUUGUCACCGAGCUACAAAUACACAGUAAAUUAUCCCACCCGAACAUCGUUGGCUUCCACCGCGCCUUCUCCUUCCAAACGAGCACGUAUGUGGUCUUGGAGCUAUGUUCCAAUGGCUCGCUGGCAGAUAUGCUGAGGAAGCGGAGAUACCUGACUCUUCCGGAAAUUCGACGUCUGGUCAUUCAAGUCUGUGGAGCUGUCAAAUACCUUCAUCACAGACACAUUGUCCAUCGCGACCUCAAGACUGGCAAUCUUUUCUUGGACAGCAACAUGAACGUCAAAGUAGGCGACUUUGGCCUUGCAGCUUUGGUGGUGACUGAGCGGGAGAUGGAGGUACGGAGAAGGACAACCAUGUGUGGCACGCCGAACUAUCUCGCGCCUGAAAUCCUGGAAAAAGGGAAGGGACAUGAUGAAAAGGUGGACCUGUGGGCAAUUGGCGUUAUCGCAUAUACCCUUGCUGUCGGAAAAGCACCCUUCCACGCGUCGACCAAGGAAGAAAUCUACAAAAAGUUGAGAUCAGGAGAGUACACAUGGCCGGAAUUGAACUCGACUUCAAAUCAAAGUGCCGAUCUUCGCAACCUGGUCUCGAGUCUUCUGGUCCCAGAGGAGCUGCGCCCGUUGCCUGAUCAGAUUGUUUCGCAUCCAUUUUUCAAAAUUGCACUCGUGCCGGCAAAAAUCCCUUCCACAGCUCGAGAAAAGGCGCCAGUCUGGACCGAUGCUGCCCUUCCUUCGGUGGAGACUUUACGACGGGGCUUCAGCGAGACAUGGUAUCAUCUAUGCAAGGAGUCCGGUGUUGGAGAGUACGAAGAGGGCAAAUUCUUCCCUUUGAACGGCGGCCGCAAGGUGCGCAGUAUUGUGCAUGACAUGGCCCGGGAGGUCCAGGCUGGACGGCAACCAACCAUGCCCAUUCCCAAGGAUGUGGUCUACACAUCGCUUCUAAGCGACUGGGAUCAGAUUCCUGUCGAUGGAAACAAAGGUCUGCGGGAGAUGUCUCACAACGAAGUUGCGACCACUCGUCAUCAUCUCGUCAACAGGGAGAUGGUUCCGAAGAGCAAUGAAGGCAUGCUGCCGCCACCUGUACCACGCGUGGUCCCCAGAGCAGCACGCGCUGGUUCUGUACGAAAGGUCGCCAGAACUAUCAGCGAGGAGACUGCCGCACAGAACUCCGCAACAAUCAAGGUGGCCGCAGAAGCAUCUUCAUCCACGGAUGCUUUGCAAAUCACACGAACACGACCGACUAUAUCUUCCUCCUCGUCGCUCAGGCAGCUCCAGACUUCUACGGCUCCUCAUCAAAACGCACAACCGCUACCUGCAAUGCCUGAGCCUAUCGUCGAGAAGCCUCAACGUGUAGCGAGCACCAAGCGCAGCGCAGAUGCCAGCCUGGCACGACGACCUGGGACGACGCGCGCAAUGAGGGAACAACAGGCAGCGGCGAUUAAGCCAGUGCCAUCAUCUACAAGCAUCACAGCUCCUCGGAGGACAGCACGUGAGCGGCCACUGUCGCCUAUUGAAAUGGCAGAACCUCUGGCAACACUCGACGAACUAGCCAAGGUUUCUCCAUUCAAAUACAAGCGAAAGGCGCAAGCUGCAAAAGAAGUCGUCGAGAUCCUCUCCGACCCAGACAGCGAGGACAACAAACAGAAGCCCGCGCCUCCAAUCAUGGCCAAAUCCAUCCCAAGCCACCAGCGGAAAUGCUCUCAGCUCGCUAAGAGCAGCGAUCUUGCUGCCUUGCCAAACACUGACCCAAGCACUGUGCUCCGUCGCCUCGCUGCCUUCCGCGACAAUCUUGCUGCUGAGCUUUCCAAAUCUUCCGCUCGCUCCGCCGUCACUACUGAGCGCUGUCUUCCAGUCGACACCGACCUACCAUUCGUCUCACGCUGGGUCGACUAUAGCCGCAAGCACGGCGUCGGCUAUGUUCUCUCCGACGGAACCGUGGGCUGCAUCAUCAACGCAACUGCGAAGCCAGGUCAUGCUGCCACACCUGUCACACACGUUCUCGUCCGCAACGGCCAAAAGUGGCUCCAAAAGCUCGGCGCGAAAUCCGGCUCGAUUGCCAGUAAUGGCAGCAGCAGUUUCCCAGGAAUCGACAGCGUUCCGCUCGAGAUUUUUGAGGACCACAGCGCUCUGCCGAGCACCGGCGGCAUUUUCCGCAAAAUCUACAAAGGCCUCGGCAGCGUGCAGCCCGGCCAUCCUCUUGCCGUCGACGCCGAGCGACGCCGCACUCUGAGUGUCCUCUGGGUGAAGUUCGGCCGGUACAUGUGUCAAUCACUCGAUGGUUCAGGCGAGACAGCAACGACCGACAAAAAGCCAUCAACUGCCGCAUCGCAAAAAUCCGAAGAAACGUUCGUGCGCUUCUAUCAGCGCAUCUCCAGCAUCGGCCUGUGGGCAUUCUCCGACGGAUGUUUACAGGUCCAUUUCCCGGACCACACUAAACUUGUGCUUUCCGCCGACGGACGCGUGGUCUCGGCAACGCUGCUCGGUGUCGAAGCCACGGCACACUUGGCGCAGUUCGGCGAGUUGUUGCCACAACAUGUCACGGGUCGGGAGGUCCACGCUGGCGGAAUUCGAGACUUACUAACGACGGAUGUGCAUGGCGCGGGCGGCAGGGCCAAGGCCAGGGUCGUGCGGGUCAACCAGUUGAGGGAGAAGCUGGCAUUUGUGGGCGAGGUGGUGUCGCAAUGGGUUGCGAAUGGAGGAUUGGGAAGGUUAUCUGAUGACAAUGGUUCAGAGGAAGAUGUUGCGGAUGGGAAGUUGAUCUGGGAUGGAUUGGCUGUGAAGACGCCAGCUAGAGCGGCGGUGGACCGCGUCACGGUGGGGAGGAUUGGCGGUGAUUUAUGAUCACCUGUCGUGUUGAAUAUUCGCUCGUGCCGCUGUUGGGCCUGGGAUGUUUCUUGGAUAACGAAAGACACGUUGGCGUUGUUUGAUGGUUGGGUUUCUUGGCGAUGCUCCUUUCUUGCAUUGAGCUGGCGUUUUUUCCGGGAUAUGUUUCCUUCUUCAUCUUUUACUACGCUCUUCCAGACUACUUCCGUCUCUGCUCGGCAUACUCAUGAUAAUGUUGACGUACAGUCAAGAACCUGCAAUUGAAUUACUUCGGUUUCCGAAUC